GAGCUGCGGAGGAGAGCAGCAGAGAGAGACGCACUUAUCCCUCCAUCCAUCCAUCCAUCCUCACCGCACAACCUUUAUCGAUCUCUCUCCUCUUCCUCCCUCCCCGGAUCUUUCUGUGUCACUCAGCUCCCGGUGGUCUGUGCUGCGAUGUUGAUGCUGGACGUUUUGUCCCCGCUCCUCCUCCUCCUCCUCUUCUCCAUCCUGUUGCCGGGCUACGGUUGCCGGGCGGCGGACAUUCCAGAGGACGCGACAUCGGAGUUCUCGGUCAGACUGUACCACCAGCUGCAGGCGGCGGGGGGUCAGGACAACAUCAUUUUCUCCCCGCUGAGUGUGGCCGUGGCCCUGGGCAUGGUGGAGCUCGGCGCCAGAGGGGCUUCGCUGGAGGAGAUACGGCAAACUGUGGGAUUCAGCCACCUGGUGCCAGGUGUUGAAUUCUCUUUGCUCCAGAACCUGACGACGGCGUUAACAGACGACGACGCCCACUACGUGAUCCGCUUCGCAAACAGCCUCUUCCUGCAGGAAGGCGUCACCUUUAACCCCGAGUUUCUUCACCUGAUGAGGAAGUACUUCCGGGCCAACGUGGAAACGGUGGACUUCAGCGAGUCGUCAGCAGUGGCCGAGCAGAUCAACAACUGGGUGGAGAAUCACACAGAGAGUAAGAUCCGUGCGCUGCUGUCGGCCGAGGACUUCAGCAGCGUGACUCGCCUGACCCUGGUGAACGCCGUCUAUUUCAGAGGCUCCUGGAAAAACCAGUUCAGGCCAGAGAACACCAGGACCUUUUCCUUCAGCAAGGACGACGGCUCAGAAGUCCAGACUCUCAUGAUGUACCAGCAGGGAGACUUCUACUAUGGUGAGUUCAGCGAUGGCUCCCAGGAAGCUGGAGGCGUGUACCAGGUAUUAGAGAUGCCCUAUGAGGGAGAGGACAUGUCCAUGAUGAUCGUUCUGCCUCGACAGGAGGUACCGCUCGCUUCCCUCGAGCCCAUCAUCAAAGCCCCACUGCUGGAGGAGUGGGCCAACAAUGUCAAACGACAGAAGGUGGAAGUCUACCUGCCAAGGUUUAAAGUGGAGCAAAAGAUCGAUUUGAGGAACACCCUCCAGGAGCUGGGAAUAAAGAACAUCUUCACCAGCGACGCCGAUCUCUCUGCCAUGACAGAUGGUAAAGAUCUGUACAUUGGCAAAGCAGUGCAGAAAGCCUACCUGGAGGUGACAGAGGAAGGAGCAGAGGGAGCCGUCGGCUCAGGAAUGAUUGCCCUGACCAGGACCCUGGUGCUGUACCCGCAGGUCAUGGCCGACCACCCUUUUUUCUUUGUCAUCAGAAACAGAAGGACAGGGUCCAUCCUCUUCAUGGGCAGGGUCAUGACCCCUGAAGUCAUCGAGCCCAGCGACCAUGACUUUGACUCCAUGUAACCUUGCUGUGGGGUCAGUCAGCAAUCUCAGCCAAUCAGAACCUGACGUCAUAAAUUGCUACCUAUCGUCUAUCACCAUCUUCAGCUGUGUUUUUUACUCUUUAUGGGGAAAGAAAAGUAUUUAAACUGAAUAUUAUAUGAUAUAUUCUAUAUUGAAACAUGACAUAUAACACAUCAUGUGUCUGUGUUUUGAUACUUGGAAGCUUUAAAUUCUUGGAUACAGACAUGCAAAAUGAGGAAGCUGUAAAUAUUCUCAAGUACAAGUUUGGUUUGUAUGUCAGCGAGAACAACACAUGCUAUGUAAUCCACGCACAACCCCUUUAAGUUCAGCAGCUUUGUACUCACUUGCACCCACACACAUACACACACACACACACGAUGCACAAAAGUAUUUACUCCUCCUCCUCCCGAUGCAGCAAGUGCAGGUCGUAAGUUCCACGUUUUAAUUACACCCUUGUACAUUUGACUUUGUGUUCUAUAUAAGCUCAAUAUUUAUUGCAGAGUAAACAUGUGCAAACAU